AUGUCCUGUGGGCGUUUUAUUUGCUUUUGCGAUGCGGAUGAUAUAUCUGAACCGUUCAGGCUACAAGAACAGUACGAUUUGGCGAUUUCCCAGAAGAAGGACUUGCUUUUCAUAGGGUGCAAUUUUCGUCGAAUACCCGAAGGCUCCACUCAGCGUUAUACGAAAUGGGCCAACAACUUAUCCAAUAAACAGUUGACAUUACAGGUUUACACAUCACAUGGACCGACCCUCAUAGCUCCGACAUGGUUUAUUUCACGAAAAUUGUUCUGUAGAAUGGGUGGAUUUAGAGACAAUGUGCGUACUGGCUUUCCAGAAGAUCUCGAGUUUUUCUACCGCGCCUUAGACAUUGAUGAUAUUUGCUUGUGCAAGGUGAACAAACCACUUGUGUACUACCGCUACCACCUCAGUUGUGCAUCCUUUGAAGUCAAUGAAGCUGUCAUAUGGAAUAUGCGUGUGGAUCGAUUUCGCAGUCAUGUGCUUCCUUAUUGGAAGUCUUUUACGAUUUGGAAUGCUGGUAAACAAGGGAAGCGUUUUUUCAAAUCGCUUCAUGAUGAAGAGAAGCAUCGCGUAGUGUCAUUCUGCGAUGUCGAUGAGAAAAAGCUUAGACGAGCAUGGUUAGAAGAAUAUGAUGAAGUCGCACGAGUAGUGCGAUGGAAGUUGCCUAUAGUUCAUGUGAAGUAAGU